AUGUAAUUUUACUCAGGACGUAUUCAAAAUCGGUUCGAGCGCAGAACCAAAGAAACAAAUUUUAGUUAAAUGAGAGUUAGCGGAGCGAGUCCGAGACCGAGACCGAGAGAGUAGAAAAAGGGAAAAUGGAGCGUGGAUCCGAUGUAGAACCAAAGGAGUUAAUGACCCAGCUGAAGCAACAGAUUGCGCUGGCCAAUGUCCAGGAGCUGUUAGCCACUGUCACCUGCAAGUGCUUCGAGAAGUGCGUGACAAAGCCGCGCGACCACUUGAGCGGACCGGAGCAGAGCUGCAUCCAUCUGUGCAUGGAUCGAUACCUAGACUCCUUUCGCCUCUGCGCGCACACCUACGGCCAUCGGCUCCGGCGCGAGUAUAGCCGUCAGCGCAGCUGAGAUGGGUUUUCAAAUUGGGCUUUCGAUCGAGGCGGAAGCUGUGGCUGCUGCCAAUGAUUCUGGAUGCUGGCACGGAUGGGUCUGUUAGCCACCCGCUUCCACGAAUCAUUUCAUUAGUUUAGCCCAAAUACAUAGUCAGACUUACACGCGCGCGCACACUCAAAAGCAAAGUUCAGUU